UGGGUGGGAACUGCUGAGGUGCGGCCCGCCCCGCAAGGUGAGCGGCCCGCUCCGCAAGGUGAGCGGCCCGCCCCGCAAGGUGAGCGGCCCGCCCCGCAAGGUGAGCGGCCCGCCCCGCCUAGAUGUGAGAACAGUAAUGGUGUUGCAGAGAAGAACAUUUUUGAAGAACCAUGGUAAUUCGGGAGAUCCUCAGUUCACAAUGGAAGUCCCCCUAGGAACCAAGUUUGCUGAGACCUGCUUUGAGGACAGCUUAGAGAUGCAGCAAGAACUUUUCCCAGGGGAGGACCUGGGGAAUCCUUUUCUUCAGGACAAAGGUUUGGAGCACAUGGCUGUCAUCUACAAGGAGAUCCCUCUUGGAGAGCAGGGCGAUGAGUGUGAUGAUUAUGGGGGAAAUUUCAGUCUGUGCUGUAGCCCUAUUCAGCGUCAGAAUGUGCGCCCAACCACCAGACCCCAGGAUGAUGAGCUGUUUGGCCAAACCUUCCUCCAGAAGCCAGACCUCAGUGUGUGCCAGAUAGUCCAUGGUGGAGAAGACUCUGGCAAGCAUGAUGGCAAGACGGUAGACUGGGAGAGUGUGGUGCUUAACUACUCUCACAGAAUGGCACAGCCAGCCAAGCCCUAUGCAUGCCGGGAGUGUGGGAAGGCCUUCAGCCAGAGCUCACAUCUGCUGAGACACCUGGUGAUCCACACAGGGGAGAAGCCCUAUGAGUGCUGUGAGUGUGGGAAGGCCUUCAGCCAGAACUCGCAUCUGCUGAGACACCAGGUCAUCCACACCGGGGAAAAGCCCUACGAGUGCCAGGAGUGUGGCAAGGCCUUCCGCCAGAGCUCCGCUCUCAUGCAGCAUCAGAAGACCCACACUGGCAAGAGGCCCUACGAGUGCAGGGCGUGCGGGAAGGAUUUCAGCAGGAGUGCAAGUCUCCGGAAGCAUGAGCGAAUUCAUACCGGAGAGAAGCCAUACCAGUGCAAGGAGUGCAGGAAGGCUUUCAGCCAGAGUUCAGGCCUGAGCCAGCAUCGGAAAAUUCACACCUUGAAGAAGCCCCAUGAGUGUGAACUUUGUGGGAAAGCCUUCUGUCACAGGUCUCACCUCAUCCGGCACCAGAGGAUCCACUCUGGGAAGAAACCCUACAAGUGUGAGGAGUGUGAGAAAGCCUUCAGUCAGAGCUCCAACCUUAUUGAGCACCGCAAGACCCACACAGGUGAGAAGCCCUACAGAUGUCACAAGUGUGGGAAAGCCUUUAGCCAGAGCUCCUCGCUAAUCGAGCACCAGCGGAUCCACACGGGGGAGAAGCCUUACGAAUGUGGCGAGUGUGGCAAGGCCUUCUGCCACAGCUCGGCCCUCAUCCAGCACCAGAGGAUCCACACUGGGAAGAAGCCGUAUGCCUGUAAUGAGUGUGGGAAAGCUUUCCGGCACCGAUCAGCCCUCAUCGAGCACUAUAAGACCCACACCAGGGAGAAACCCUAUGAGUGCAAUACAUGCGGCAAGUCCUUCCGGGGCAGCUCGCAUCUUAUCCGGCACCAGAAAAUCCACACUGGGGAGAAGCUGUAGUAGGAAGAGCUGCUAGCAAAUCAUGCUAACCUUUACCAGACAGAGCCUGUGUCUGUAUUGCUUUGUAAGACCUCACCUGCCUCCCUUAUAGCAGCACUGAAUGGAGGCCCUCCAGUCCCAGUGCCCCUAAACAUCCACAGUAGUGGGAGGGCCCUUGUGUCACCUGAAUCCAGAAGAGGAAGAAUAAACAUCAAAAGGAGAAAGUUGAAUUAAACCCAUGAAAAUGUCAGAUUAACUGUUUUAACGUUAACCCUCAGCGUGGCAGUUUCAGAAGGCAGAAUCUGUGCUCACAGCUCUAAUCACCUGAAGAAAAAUGAAUUCAAAAGCAGAUUCAUCAGCAGGCAAAAUGGAUUCCUCUGCUUGAGUCAGGCAUUGUUGGCGACAGCCACGACAGGCUAAUAGAGAAAAGGGGGUGGGGGUCUGGAAAUACUGGUUUUGAGGUUGGGAGUGAGGGUGGUGGGCCCUCUUUUCCAUGUUAAAGAGAGGGUGGCUUCUGUCAAAGGUUUUGCCACAGGAAGGAGAGGCUGCUGGCUCUAACUUAGCCUGGACAUCAACCCUUAACCGUUCUCUGGAAUAAGCCCCCACAAGACCCAGUGAUCCUGGGAUACUAGCAGGGUCCCCUUCUGGUCUUUGGCUGUGCAGCCUCCUCUUUGUCCCCUAAUGUUGGGGGCAUGCAGAGGAGGGUGAAGAAGGCCAUUGUUCUGGAGUCACAAGAUCUGGGUUCAAAUCUCAGUUCUGCCCUCUCCUGCCUGUGUGACCUUGAGCAGGUCCCACCUGUAGCCCCUGGGAGUCUGCUUCCCCACCUGUGAGAGGGGGUCAUGGGGCCUGGUCACAUACCUCCAAGGGCUGGUGUGAGGCUUCUGUGCACAAUGAGACCACGCAUGAAAGUGCUUUGGAAUUUGAGUAGUCCCAGAUGGUGGCUGAGGGUGGAGACCCCAAGUGGUCCCCAUUCAGAGAUGCUGUCCUCAGACUGGUGGAGUGUCCCUGUUCUGUUCCCAAAACAGCAAGUUUGCAGCAGGCCCUUUGUUAAGUCAAGCCUUACCCCCUUAGGCCUGCACCAGGUCAGCAAAGGGCUGUGGUCCUUGUGCACCCUGUGACCCCUGUUGCCCAGAUGGAUGCAUCCUCCUGACACCACAUUCUUCUGUACUUCCCUGUCCUCUCCAUGGCCCACUGGAGUACACUGUCAUUUAAAAAGUGCCAUUGCUGGGUUCCACCUAGACCAAUUUAGUCCACAUCCCUGGAGUUGGGCCAAGAUUUGGCAAGUUCUGAAGGCUCCCCAGGGGAUCACAAUGUUAUAACCCCUGCCGCCGGGAGUUGGCUUGGACAGUGACUCUGUGACUGACUGAUAAGUGUCUGUCUUAGGUGUUCAAGCCUUAGUGCGGCCACAGGGGUCUCUAGUGCUGGUUCCCACUGGGCUCUGUGGAGCUAGUGCAAGGAGGGAGCAGUCUACAAGCUAUUUUCAAAAUUUCCAAAAGUGCAUGGCUGGAAUUACACGAGCUCUUGGUGGUAACAUUGGUUAUCUCAGCUGAUCAGAAGCUCAGCUUGGCAUUGAUGUAUAGUUUUGAUGAGUAAACAUGGGAAAACCAUAAUGGUUACUUAGUAAGUGGGGCUUGGUAGGCCAGGGCUUUCCAAAUGUUGGAUCUGGUAGGCGGGGGAGGGGGAUCUUGGAGUCCUGGUGCUAAGUACAUAAGCCACUCCUCUGUCCAGCUCCUCUCUCCUGUGUGAGUGUAUGAAACAGCCAGCAGUUCAGGCCUCCAGGGCAUUGUCAGUGGGUGGUCUGCCCCAGUGGCCUUCAGUAAUUCACCAGGAGUGAAGAAAGAAUGGAGAGACUGGAGUCCCUGGGUGGUGCAAUGGUUGCUGUGCCUGGCUGCUAACUGAAAGGUUGGUGGUUUGAGCCUACCUAGAGGUGUCUUGGAAGAAAAACCUGGCAAUCUACUGAAAGAUCAGCCAUUGAAAAUCCUGUGGAACACAGUUCUACUCUGACAACACAUGAGGUCGCUGUGAGUCGGAGUUUAUGGCAACUGGAAGAAAGAAUGCUGAGACACCCUCCCAGCAUGGGCCCCAGCAGAUCUAUCUACCUCUUCGACACCACCCUAUAGCACCCUUCCCUGUCAGGCUUGGUUAGGCCUGUCAGAUUGUCUCCUUCCUGACCCUGCACACCCAACCAGAUUGAUUUUGUAAAACAUCACUUUGCACGCAAUUGCCGUUCUUAAAACCAACCUUCAGGGACUGCUCUGCACACACGGCCUUGGUUCAGCCAGUCCAGUUGACUGCCCUCCGAACAUGCCCAUGGAGUUCACGCCACCCUCUGCUAGAAACCUCUCCAUGUCCAGGUUCUCAUAGCUCUCGCUGUGCUCAUGUUUUGGCAAUAUGCCCUUUUUUCUUUUCUACUCCUCUGCCUCUCCCUCUCUCCUCCUUUCUUUUUGACAGUUUAUGAAACAUUGGAAUUAGAUCCCUGUUUUGAAGGGUUAGGAGCCCUUGUGGUGCAGUGGUUAAAGCACUCGGCUGCUAACCAGAAGGUCGGUGGUUCGAACCCACCAGCCACUCUGCAGGAGAAAGAAGUGGUGAUCUGCUUCCGUAAAGAUUACAGCCUUGGAAAACCUAUGGGGCAGGUCUCCUCUGUCCUAUAGGGUCGCUAUGAGUCUGAAAUGACUCAGUAGCAAUGGGGAAUGGGUUCUGAAGGGUUGACAGACUCAUGUGAACAUGGUAAGACCAAGUGCUUUUUUGUUGGAAGUGUGAGUGGAGCCCUGUUCCUUCUGAGUAGUCUGUUCAGCUUCUUCCAGUGUUUAAUGAUGUAUGUUUGUAAUGCUUUAUUUAGAUUCUCAAACAAUAUAAAGUUGCAUUGUCCUUAGUAUUAUUUUAAUCUUCCUUGUAUAUAUUUGUUUGUUUUUAUUUUUGUUGUUUUAUAUUUUUUUCCUUUCUAUGGUGGUUUACUUAAAUGUUGUUGAGUGUUGUAAAGCUCCGACUCUUGAUUUGUUUACUGAUCUAGAUGUUUUGUCAAAUUAUAUGUAGUCUGCUCUUUGUUGUUGUUGUUUAAUACUUUAUAAUUCUAAGAUUAGUUAUAUAGAUGUAAUUAAUAAUAUUUUUGUUAUUUCUAGUAAACGUAGGUACUUGGACAUAUAAUUUUCUCCGAUAGCUUUGUUGGCACUCUGUUAAAGAUUUGAUGUGGUAUUUUUUGUUAUUAGAAAUUUCCUUUUGGCCCAAAUGUUGCUACUUUUUUUAUAUUUCCAGGUGAUGAAUGCGUACGUUAUUGCUCUUUAUUUCUUAUUGCACUGUAGUGUGCAACAUUUCUGAGUGUCCAUAGAAUUUCUUUGAACCUGAAUAUAUUAUCAGUUUUCACAAAGCAUUUAUGUACUCUCAGGAAAUUUGCCUUUACUUCAUCAGUUCUAUUUGUUAAAUCAAUUUUUUGAUUAUUCUAUUCAAACCCAUACUUUCUCUAACUUUUAAUUCCUUCAGAGUUCUUAGCCUAGGGUCCAUGGACUGCUUAGGAGUCCAUAGCAUGCAGUGGCUUUAGGGGUUGCUGGACUCCCAGGGAUUGCACAAAGCUAUGGGGGUGUAUGCAUGCAUGAAUUUUUUCUGGGAGGGGUCUCUGUAGCAUUCAUCAGAUUUUGAAAGGGCUCUGUGACCCCAAAACAGUUAAGAACUUCUAAUCGUAGUCUGAUUUUGUGUGUUUUUUCCAUUAUGGUUUUUCUAUUUCUCUGAUGUAUGUUGCUGUGUUAGUCAUGUAGUUUUCUCAACUCCUUUUUAGGAAAUAGGGUAUAAAUUGUCAAUAAAACCAUAAUAUUUGGGGCAUAUGUAGUUAAUAGUGAUACCUUGAAAAACUGUGCCUUUUAGUGCCUUCUUUGCCUCUUUCGGUGCUUCUAGCUUAAGCUUCACUUUUCCAAAUAUAAUUGAAGCCCCUUGCUUUUCUUGAAUUUGCAUUUGCAUGAUAGAAUUUAGUUCAUCAUUUUAUUUUUUAAAUUUGUGUAUAUAUUUUGUUAUAUAUCUGUAACUUAUUAACAGCAAAUUGUUGUAUUUUGUUUUCUGAUUCUGUAUUUUUCUAAUGUAAGAAGUUCUCUGACAUUUUUUAAGAGUAAAGCAUCAUUUAUACUUAUCUUAAUAUUUUAAUGUAUAUUAAGUUGUUUAACCCAAAAGAUCAUGCUCAUUUUUUCCCCUCUCUAACCACAUUUGGAGUAUCAUUUUUGUGUAGACUAGAGAUCUUGUCACAUUUGGGGUCAGUGCUGGGUUCCUCCCUGAGCCCAUUCUCCAUGUGUUUGGCCUCUGACUUCAGUGUCCUUGGCUGUAACACGGGGGAAAUGAUGCUCCCCUCAUAGCCUUGUAGGGCUUGUAUGGAGUGAGGCAGAUGUGCUUGGCAAACUGUGAGGUGCAGUUAAUUAUUGCACUGUUAGCACUCUGAAAUAUUUAAUUUUCUGUUUUUCUUACUCCCAAAGUUCUUUCAACAUAACUUAGAAUAUUCCAUUGUGCUUUAUUUUUUAGAAAAUACUGCCAAAUAUAAAAACCCAAAAAACCAAACCCAUUGCCGUCGAUCCUAUAGGACAGAGUUGAACUUCCCCACAGGGUUUCUAAGGCUGUAAUCUUUAUGGAAGCGGACUGCCACAUCUUUCUCCCACGGAGCAGUUGGUGGGUUUGAACCGCUGACCUUUCAGUUGGCAACUGAGCACUGUGCUACCAAUGCUCAAACAUGGAUCUGUGCUCCCCUCCCUGAGUGAACUUGUCAUUUGAAGAGAGGUAGAGGUUGUGGUCUCGUACCCGUUCCCAUCCCCCUCUUCCAGGCUGGUCUCUCUUCUCCCACCCCACAGCAGGACCCUGCCAACAUCACCAGGGAGAGAGGGGAUGGAUGCACUAUCAUAGCUACAGGGGCUUGAGGAGUUGGUCACUCCUGGUCACUUCUGUUACAAAUAGGGAAACUGAGGCCUAGAGCAGUUGAUGACUUGCCCAAGGUGUGCAGCAAUUUAGUGGCAGAGUUGGGGCCCAGCCAGUUCUUUUUUCUGCCUAACCAGGGCUCUGCCUCAACCUGGCUGCACACAGGGGCCUUAGACAGGGACUGCCUGGGGAGGUUUAAAAUGCUGCUGCCUGGAUCCUACCGUGAGACUUUCAUCUUACUGCUCUGGUGUGUGACCUGGGUGUUAGGAUUUUAAAAACACCUCCAGGUGGUUCUAAAUGUGCAGCCUGGGCAGGGAACCACUGUGCUAAACCUGUGUUUCUCAAACUAUACUGGGUAUGCAGAUCAGCAGAGGGUCUGGUUAAAGCACAGAUUCUGACAUGGGUCUGGGGUGGAGCCCAAGACUGCAUUUCUAGCUGCCCCAGGGUGGUACUGAUGCUGCUGGUCCAUGGACCACAUUUCGAGUACGAAGGAGCUAGAAUGGUGAGGGCCAAGUAAGUGUUCUUCAGAAAUACUUGGAGUAUUUCUCUUGUAUACAUUCCUGGCAGUGGAGAUAGGUGGUCAAGUGUUUUGCUGUUGUUGCUGGCACCCUCACUGCAGUCCUGCCCUCCAGGGGGCAUCUAGGGUCAGGCAGUUGGUCUUGCAUUACAAAUCUUCAGGGAUGUUGGGGGCCAGCUCUGACAAAGGAUAGUGCUUCUUCACUCUGCAGGGGUGUCCUCACCCAAGGCUUUUGCUCUGGGCCCCCUUCCCACAGAAGUAGCCAGAAGAAGCAGUGGAGGCUGUUAUAGGUAAGGGGAAGGAUAAGGCUGUCUGCCACCUUGGAAGGCACCUGACUGCAGGUGUAUAGCUGCUCUGACUCCGCACUGGGGAGACCCGUCCAAGCCAGGGUGUUCUGGUCUGUUUGGGGGAGAUGGCUUCAAGUGGCAGGCAUCUCUUGUGCAUCCUGCAGCCCCAGAGGAGGCAAGUGCCAUAACUGCCUUGAUUGGCCCAGCAGCCCUGGGGAAGGGAACAGUCCUGGUGUCACGCUGGAGCCCUGGCCAGCUGUUUGCCAGGACUUCUCAGAGACAGCAAGUGGUAAAAACCAGAUGGCCUCAAUCCCCUCAGUUGCUCGGCUGUUCGGGGCGAGUGGACAUUUCACCCACAUUACCCAAGGUGGAUGUAUUUGCCAGAAUGCUGAUGCGUUGAUUUACUGGGGUGGGGAGGGAAAGGCCCUUUUCUGAUAGGAGGAAAACUGCCAGAUCUCCAGCGUCUGACAAUCCAGAAAGCCAAACUGGUGAGUGGAAUUGGGGUGUGAGGUGUUGACCAAGGUUAGUGUGAUGGUGUGAUGGUUAAGAUUGUGUGUCAGCUUGGCUGGGCCUUGAUUCUUCAGUGUUUCGACAGUUGUAUAAUGUUAUGAUAACUUCCCUAUUGAGAUUUGAUAUGUGAUCACCCCCAUGGUGGAAUCUUCUGUGAGUAGCCAAUCAGUUGAAGGGGAAUUUCCUUGGGCACGUAUCCUGCAUUGAGUGUGAGCGGAUGUUCAGGCAGGGCUCUGGGGCUUUUGCUUAUUUUGGAUCCUGCAGCUGGCUCCUGUUGGUCUGAACUCUGGUUCUUGGGACUUGAGCUAGCAGCUUACCUGCAGUCUUGCCUGCUGAU